AUGCCUGUCGCGAGUUUGGUCUGCGAGAGCUUCGAGUUCCUGUGCGAUCCGGUUGCGGUUUCCCUGCGACCCGCCGUCCCCGUAACGGCAUUACGAAAGUUGAAAUCUGGCCAGGUUUUACUCCCACUCUUGGAUUGCCAGCUCCUGGACCCUGAUUUCCCAAUUGCUGCUUCUCCGAGAAACUUCCAAGUCGCCUUACAGCACCACUGCCUGGAAAACGAGGCAACUUCGUUCCUCGUGGCCAGCGUUAACGAGAUCCCCGUUUUGAAAUGCAACACCACGGGUGGUACGCGUGCGCUCGAGUUGGCGUUGCACGUCGCUGCGCAGAAAACCCUGGAAUCGGAAAUCAGACGCAAAAAUUCCGACUUGCGCGCCUUGAGUCAGAAAUCGACCUUUUCCAACGGUAAAAAACGAAGGAAAACGGCUGCCACGGCUGCCAGCAAUCCCGUGAGAAUCCAGUAUCGAUACCGCGAACUUGAAUGCUCGCAGCCCACGCUCACUGUGACCCAGGACGGACACUGGCGUAUCGAUUUCUCCUUAUCUUUGGUGUUCAUGUCCAACAGCGUCAACCAUUUUGCGCCGGAAACAAACCACUUGCUCGAUACCCUUUUUUCGCGCCGGGAUCGUCACCAUUUCAUGCAGCAUCACAUCUCGCACUGGUACUUCCAAAAACAGUUUGUACUGCAAACUACCAAGUACACCCGCGAAAGGCUAUCAUCUGCGGCUCUUGCCCAAAUGGCUGUUACCGGCUUAAAGGUCUCCCUGAUGCCGUUCCAGCAGCGCGCCGUACAGUGGAUGCACUCGAAAGAGACCGCGUACCCAGAUUACUUGGAUAUCUCCAGCACAGACCCAGCACAAUCGCCUGCCCUGCUGUACAAUGUGCUCAACAGACACGUCUCCUUUGGCUACGAAGUCAUGCCACUCGCAACGGGCAACUUCCUCUGGAAUAAAUUCACAGGGUUCAUCCUAAGCCAGGCGGACGCAUUGCAACUGUGCCAAAAAGUUUUCCAAGAUGAGGUAAAGGCCAAGGGCGUUCUUUCAGAAGAAAUGGGGCUCGGCAAGACUUUAGAAGUAUUGGCCCUGAUUUUGCUUAAUAAACGUCGUAUAACUGGCUCGCGCACUUUCGUAUCGGACGGCGGCAAAAGCAUUCUGAAAACCUGUACAAACCUGAUCGUGUGCCCAGACACUAUCUUGAAGCAGUGGCUGGACGAGAUUCAGAAUCAUGUCGAAGAGGGCUCCCUUACGGUCUUUCACUAUUGCGGGUUUCAGCUCGUCAAAGACCAUUUUGGCACGAGCGAUGUAGGCACCAUUGUUGAGGAGCUUUCCAAAUUUGAUAUUGUCAUAACCUCUUACACCGCGGUAUCUGCAGAAGUUCACUAUGCCGAGUUCAGUUCAUCAUCUCGCAUGCGGCGUGGCCCGGCUCCCAAAUACGACUAUUCGUCGCCCUUGUCAUUGAUGCAAUUCUUCCGCAUCAUCCUCGAUGAGGUUCACAUGUUACGUGGUGAAAGCACUAACGCAGCUAGAUGUACGGGAUUAUUGCAUCGGGUUCAUACUUGGGGUGUUUCCGGGACGCCAAUUGGAACGGUCACAGACUUCAAAACGGUUCUCUCUUAUUUGCAACUGCAUCCUUUCCAUGAAUACCCCAAAAUCGUCGACGCGGUGAGGAAAAAUAUAGGACGAGAUGCCAAGAAUCCAAGCUCCGAUUCAACCCGUCUUUCGGGUUCGGUGCAUGGUGUGCAUUUCGACGUAAAUGAUUUGAUGGACAUUUUCCCGCGCUUCGAUCUCUGCAUUAGACACUCAAAGAAACAAGUGUCGGAUCAAAUUAAAAUACCACCCCAAAAUAAUUACAUUGUUCCAAUCGAUUUCUUCCCCAUAGAGCAAGACAAUUACUCGAACUUGAUGUCAUCCUUUUUGGAUGCAUCUGGAUUUGAUAGAAAUGGACAAGGCCGAACGUUUUUAGGCGCUAAAGAGCUCAAUUACUGGCUAAGCAUGUUGCGCAAGACUUGCUGCCAUGCACUUAUGCCAAAGUCUUCUUCACGACAAGAAAAUGAACAGGAUAUCGGCAAUUUGCAAACCAUAGACACUAUUUUGGAUUCCAUGAAGGAGGAAAUCAUGGACAAGAUUGAUGCACUUCACCGUGAAAAUUAUACGCUGAAGAUUCAGUCCGCUCAAGCUGAAACAGAAAUAGAGGCAAGGCCACUCAGAGCUAUAGAGAUUCUGGAGGACGUGCAAUCGAGACUUUUGACUGAUUUCAAAUUGAAAUUUGGGGUCGAAAACCCUUACCAUUCGCAUUCACUCGAGGCAACUCAACUGAGCGAAGAACGCAACAAGGCCAAAGCCAGAUUCUACAUGGACCUCUUGCAUCAAUGUUUUUUCUUCAUUGCCACAGCGUACUAUUUUCUUGGGUCUAAAAAGCUAGAAGCCGUUGACGAUGAAAAUGAGAAAUUAAAACUAAGCGGCUCGAAUAAGAAACUUGUUGAAUACUCAGAUGUUUUCAAUUCGUCAGAACUAGAGAAUAUAGAAAAACACCAGGCCCUUGAGCAACAAAAUUACGGGGUAGCGGAAAAGUUGCGGAGAACUAUUUUAGCCGAUCGGAUUGCUAAAGUCGACGGGGAGAUUGCCGAAGUCUCCAAGUUUCUUACUUCGAAAGGUUCGCGCGAUCGGGAACAUCUGAAAUUAAUUGAUUUUAAAGUAGAAAACUUUUCUGCAAACCUGACUGUCGAAUCGUGUUUCAAACAAAUGAACAGUAUUUUUAAAGCGAUAGACACUCAGGCGUCUCAAUUUAAUGAAUAUGCCGACGAACUGAAAGCUCUUUCUUUCAAACCUCUAACCAAAGAAUAUACUGAGGAAGACGAGGAUGAUAAGGCACUGGAAUACGAAACCUCCAUCAACGAUCAAGACAGAACGUUCGCAUUACUAGAUUGUAUGGGAAGGAUUUUGAACAAUAGGGAUCAAGCUGCUGAAUCCGAUGAAGAGCUGAAAACAUCAUCAGAGGUUUUUUCUAAUACCGAAACAUUUUCUGACGACCAUGUGCAGUUAAUCACCAAUCUUAAAUUGAUUCAGGGUACGACAUUGAAGCAGGUCUUCACCGAGUUAAAGAAUGUGAAUAUAGUGAAAAAUUUUGGCAACGCCACGGCGAAGAAAGAGGACAGUUUUGAAGCUUUUUUGAUGACUUAUGAAUCCCAAAUUUCUCGAAUCAAGAGGGAAAAUAAGGCGAAAAGAGAAGUUUUGAAAAAGUUCAACGAAAUUUACAAUGCCAAAACGGCUUAUUUCAGCAAUUUGCAAAGAAUUUCCGAUUCUUUGGUUUCGCUUAUUCAAUUAGAACCUUCUGCCCAAGCAGCCAUUCUGAAUACCAGAAAUGACUCUCAAUUCAUCAAAAACACUAACAAAAUCAACAAUCUGCGCUCGAGAAUCAAAUAUCUUGAAACUCUUUCGGUUUUGAAGAAUGAUAUAAGCCAUGAUCAGAAAUUCAAUUGUACGAUUUGCUUUAGUGAGAUUUACAUGGGAACCAUUAUCAAAUGUGGUCAUUUUUUCUGCAGGACAUGUAUUCACAGCUGGUUGAGAAAUAAGAGUGCCUGUCCACUGUGUAAAACAGAGGUUCAUCUUUCCGACAUGUAUACCUUCAAGUUUCAAGAGUACAAUGAACCCGAGGAAGUUGAAGACAGGCCUAUAAAGACAGAAACUGAAGGAGAUUCGACAACCGUAGAGAAUAAUCGCGUCGAGGAAUUGCAUCUUCGAAAAUUUCGGAAAUACCCCCACCUCGACAGAGUAGGCGCACUCACAAUAAAGGAGAGCUAUGGUGCUAAAAUUGAUACAAUUGUGAAAUUGAUCAUGUUCUUAAAGAUCAAUCAUGAGGACGACGAAGAACCAGGAAAACCGUCUCGUGCGCCGCAAAUUAUAAUCUACUCGCAAUACACGGAUUUUCUAGAUAUUCUAUCCAACGUUAUGACCCGUCAUGACAUCAAACAUUACAACGCCGUUUCGGCGACUAAGUUGUCGAAGGCAGUUACAAAAUUCAAGAAAGAUCCCGAAAUCACAUGCCUUUUACUGAAUGUGCGGCGGCAGGCUAGUGGUCUCACACUUAUCAAUGCUACUCACGUUUUCAUUUUAGAACCCAUCAUAAACGGUAGCGAUGAGGCACAGGCAGUGAAUAGAGUGCACAGAAUAGGGCAGAAAAAUGAGACCUCUGUUUGGCAUUUCAUGGUGCGCAAUACCGUUGAGCAGAAUAUCAUAAAUUACAAGUGCGUUUUGGAAGAAAAGAAAGCGGAUCACAGAAAGAAGAAAUUAGAGUCUGCUUUAAGCCAGAACUCGGAUUACGACCCUGACGUGGACAAUGAAAGCGAGGACGAUUAUGAAUUUAAUAACGCUGGUGAUGAAAGUGUAUCAGAUAAGCAUAUCUGGAACUGUUUUUUCCAGCGCAGAGUAAGACAGAUAAAGCGAUGA